CCCUCAUCAUCAUCAUCAUCACCACCACCGCCACCACCAUCAUCAUCAUCCGUCCAUCCUUCGCCCCUUUCCCCAAUCUCUCUCUCUCUCUCUCUCUCUUUCGAUCUCCCCCACUCUUCAGUGUAGCGGAGAGAGCGGAGUGAGAGAGAGAGAGAGUGAGAGAAGCAGCGAAAAAUGGCCGCCUCAUCUCCUCCCUCUCUCUUCUUCUUCGUCAUUAUAUUAUUAUCAACAACGCUGCUGCUGCUGCUGCUUCUGCCCUGGCCGGCGGCGGCGGUGAACGUGACGGCGCUGCUGGCGGAGCACCCGGAGCUGUCGGGGUUCAACCGGCUGCUGUCGUCGUCGUCGGUGGCGUCGGAGCUGGCGGGGCGGUCGUCGCUGACGCUGCUGGCGGUGCCGGACCCCUUCCUGGUGCGGUCGGAGGCGGAGCUGGCGGCGCGGUCGUCCGCCGACCUGGCCGACGUGCUCCGUUACCACGUGCUGCUGGAGUUCCUCUCCCCCUCCGACCUCCGCCGCCUCCCCGCCUCCGGCCGGCUCGUCACCACCCUCUUCCAGACCACCGGCCGCGCCCCCUCCGACCUCGGCGCCGUCAACCUCACCUCCCUCAACCCCAACCCCAACUCCAACUCCAACUCCUCCGCCGUCCUCGUCCGCUCCCCGGCGCCCUUCUCCCCCGCCAACUCCAACGCCACCGUCCUGGGCCUCGUCGCCUCCCUCCCCUACGACGUCAGCGUCUUCGCCGUCGACGCCCUCCUCGUCCCCUACGGCUUCGACCUCGCCGCGUCCGAGACCCGCCCCCCCGUCGGCGUCAACAUCACGCGGGUGCUCGUCGACGCGCGCGGCUUCAACGUCGCCGCGUCCAUGCUCGAGGCGUCCGGGGUCGCCGCCGAGUUCGAGGGCGACGAGGGCGGGGCCGGGAUCACGGUCUUCGUGCCCACCGACGACGCCUUCGCCGGGCUCCCCGCCACGUGGCGGCUCCAGUCGCUCCCGGCGCAGGAGAAGGCCGUGGUGCUCCGCUUCCACGUGCUCCACUCCUACUACCCGCUCGGCUCGCUCGAGUCCAUCGUCAACCCGGUCCAGCCCACGCUCGCCACCGAGGACACCGGCGCGGGCCGCUUCACCCUCAACAUCACCCGCGUCAACGGCUCCGUCGCCAUCGACACCGGCAUCGUCCAGGCCUCCAUCACCAGGACGGUGUUCGACCAGAACCCCGUCGCCGUCUUCGCCGUCUCUAGGGUUUUGCUCCCCAGGGAGAUCUUCGGAGGGGGAGGGAACGCGGCGGCCGGGGGGGGAGGGCCGGGGCCGGGGGCGGCGCCGCCGCCGGUGGAGGCGGCUGGGAUGGCGCCGGAGCCCGAGGGGGCGGAAACGUUGCCGCCGAGGCUGAGGGGGGAGAUGAGGUCGGAAGCUCCGGCGAGCGGCGCGGCCGGCGGCGGCGGAGGAGGAGGAGGAAGACGAAGAGGGUUUGCGUCCUUUUGUAUAGCAUUGGUGGUGUAUCUUCUCCUGGUAUGUGAUCCGAGUUUAUUAUCUUCUUCCGCAUCUUCGUAG